GCUGAACGGCGUUUACAUGUAAUUCUACAUGUAAUUCUACAUGCCAAUUUACAUGCCAAUCUAUAUUCCAAUCUAUAUGUUCACUAACUUACCCAUUUCCAAUCCUAAAUUCUAUUAUUUUUAUUCUUACAAAAGUUAUUAAGUGGCAUCCUUUUUCAAGUCUAGACUUCUGCUCUCACCCGUACAAAAGAAAUGGCAUACCUCCGUACAAAGAGCACCUUUAUACCUUUUACGAUCUAUAUUAAAUCCUCAAUCUCGUCGGCGCUUCUACCUCGCUGUAUUCUUCCCCUCUCAUCCAUUUUUUAUUUUAUUUUAUUUCAUUUCUUCUUCAUCUCUAUCCCCAGAGCAAUUGUGAACCAUGUCUAACCCUGAUAUGGCUUGUAGCCCAAAACCCAGCCGCAUGGCCAUGUAUCCCGACUGGCCCGAAUCUGAUGCCGAUCUAGUGCCACUACCACAAUGCGAUGGUCCUAAGCUGAAACCGUUCAAACUUCCAGGGUCCUCAAGAAAUCGAAUUCCUCGAACACCUCGGAUCAGGUCUAUAUUCACACGUCUUCAAGGUCAAAAUCCUGGGGCAGAUUUACGCACUAAAACUGAGCCGUUCAGUUGUGAGUGUCGUGCCUAUGGUAGACUCCAAGAAACUGGCAAUGAGGAACUAGCCAUCGAGUGUUUCGGCUAUAUUCUAUUAAGUGAGGCAAACGAGCACGCCAUGGUGACUAAAUUCGGCAACCCUGAUGUUUUCUUUACCGGGGACUUGGAUUACGGCGAAGAGACAGAGUUGCGCACGCGCUUUCUAGGAAAGGAUGGUAGGGCCCCGCCUCUCCGGGGAAUCGUCAAACGUUUCGGUCGGCCAGACGAGGAAGACUUGAGCGUGGAUCUGGUACAGAAAAUAUUUCAAGACGUUAUUAAGCUACAAACGCUUGGUAUCUUUGCCGUCGACGUUCAUCUGAACCCGCACCUCACCCCUGAUAUGAUAUCCGAUAUGGAGCGCUUUGCAUUCGCUCUUGCCGUAUAUGAUUAUAGGAAGUUCGAGGACAUGGUAAAUGAUUGGAAUUUUGAUCAUGGGGACCAGAAGGGUAUGAUCCCGGCGUACGCAUAUCCUUAUGGGCCACAGCGAAGGUAUAAUCCGCCUACGCUGUAUUUUAAUGCUGACGGCACGAUGGACGACAGGGAGGUCUUUGAGGUCUUCCCAGGACUGCUUUGGGAUUGCAAGGAAGGUUUCAUGUUCCCGCGCCGCCAUAAGUUCACUAUAGAAUAUAUGGCACGGAAACUAGCCCAGAUGUCACACGGACAACACCGCCAAGAGGGUGUUGAUCGCAAUACAUAUGGCCAAGCGCCAACCAGGCGGUUAGGAUAA